AUGUGUUUUGUGCGUCACUUCUUUGUGGAUGAGGGCGAGUCCGACGAACGUCUGCAUCUGACCCAGUCCUGUGGGGUGCCUCUGGACAUUUUGGACACCUGGCUGUGUGCCGUCUACUCCUACUACAACUCUGUGCCCUUUCACAACUUCAAGCAUGCUUUCAUGGUUACGCAGAUGGUAAGGACUAUUCCUAUAUAUAUAUAUAUAUAUAUAUAUAUAUAUAUAUAUAUAUGA